AUGACGUUUCAAAAAUUUAAAAUAAAAAAAAAAAGAAAGAAAGAACGGGGUGGGGGAAAGGGGAAGUUAGACGCAAAGAAAAGUCCUUUAGCGCUCCUCGCUCAAACAUGUAGUCAAAUAGGAGUCGAUUCGACCACGACGAAACUUAUUUCCCCGUUGGAAAAGCAUAAAAAAAAUGACGGGACAAGGGAUAGAGAAAAAGCUUCGCCCGCGUCGUCGGUCGGAAGUAACAUAUCGGCGGGAGAUAACGUGCCCAUCAAAUCGAGUUUUAAACCGUACGAAAUUCAUACCAAGGAAGAAUUGCUGGAGGAUAGAGGAUCGGUGGGAAGCAGAGCGAGAACACCGUCGUCGAAAAGUAGUAGUAGUAACACUCCGGCACCGGUCAAUGGAAAUAGAUGCAAUAGCAACCAAAGUUCUUCGUCGCCGAGGUCUUCGCCCAUGAUAAGCAACAGUAGAAAAACUCCGGCGUCCACGUCGGAAUCUAAAACUCCUGCGACGACCCAAUCAACGGCUGUGCCAAGAUCAGUACCUAGUCCUACGUCAAAGGUCGGAUUUUCACCUAGUCUUCUUUCGUCUACCGCUGACCCUCUUUUAAAAGACUUACCGAUAGGAAGUUUUAAAUCCGGAGCCGGUUUACCGCUUCCAACCGCCGGAUUACUCGCGGGAUAUCCUCCUCCCGGAGGACCCUUUCCUCUCGACGUCAUGGCAAGCUCAUUCCUAACGUCGCACGCCUUAAAAGGAGGACUUAAUCCGUAUUUAAAUUAUGCAAGAAUGAAAACCGCGACAGGAAGCGAACCUUUAUUGCCCGUUUGCAGAGAUCCCUACUGCACAGGUUGCCAGCUUAAUUCUCACUUAUUACCCGGAACCGGUGGAAAACCGGGUUCUUGUCCAGGCGGUUGCGCUCAAUGUGAACAUACAACCAAGCCAUCUAACUUUUUGCCUACGACAACAAGCGGUACUGCCGCCGCCGCUGCGUAUGCUCACGCUCAAUUAGCCGCGCUGGCCGCCGCAUCUCAACUACCUUACGUUUGCAAUUGGAUAGCCGGAGACGCCGCAUAUUGCGGAAAACGUUUUUCUAAUUCCGAAGAACUUCUCCAGCAUUUGAAAAGUCAUACUAGCAUAACAAAUUCCGAAAACAAUUCGAAUUCUUCACCGUCUUCUAUGUCUCUCCUAAGUCCUCCACCUCCCGGACUUCCACCCGCACUCCCUCUCCUUCACCGAAAUUAUCCCACUCCGCCGCUGAGUCCUUUAUCCACGGCCAGAUAUCACCCGUACAGCAAAGGACCCCUUUUACCCUCUUUUUCCCCACUAGGUUUUCCCCUUCAUCCUCAUCCGGGCUUGUCACCUUAUUUAUCACCUUAUUCACUUUACGGUCAGAGACUGGGAGCGUCAACCAUGCAUCCAUGA